AGGGAACAAACACACAAUGAAUUCGCCGAUUAUGCUGGUGCAAACACAAUGAGGUUUGUUUUGGCAGUUGCUUGAAAGUAUUUGUGAGUGAGUGCAUUGAAUUGCUUGAACCAGCAUGCUUGCUCAAUCAUUCAAGUAUACGUCAACAAACCAUACACACUCAUUCACCGCACUAUGAAUCAACAGCAAAGAAUAUUUUGGUCGGAAUUUCUUGAUCUUUACAAAUCUCUACCUAGUUUGUGGAAAGUUCAUAGUCGCGACUAUACAAAUCGUGAGUUGAAAAAUAAAUCGUACGAUAUAAUGGUGAAAAAACUAAAAGAAUAUGAUGCAGAAGCGGAUAGAGAAAAAGUGAUUAAGAAAAUCAAUGUAUUUCGUACAAAUUAUAAACGCGUUUUAAGACUACAAAAAACAAGUGAUAACGUAGUUGAGUCUUCUUUGUGGUAUUUUGAUAAAUUGAAAUAUUUGGAUGAAGUGGAAUGCAUUAGAGGGGGACCAAGGCGAAAGCAAACUGAUAGCACUACAGAGCCUAAAACGAAAAAACAUAAAGUCAAAGAGGUAACCAGUGAUACACCUGUCCAGCAAUCAACGAUACGCCCGCCCAGCAAUAAUGGUUUUGCAGCAGGAGCCAACGAAAGUUAUUUCCCUCCUAAUCAACACUUUACAGCAAUCGAAAUGCCACAACAGCCACAAAAACAGCAACAACAACAACAACCACCACAUAGCCAACAAAAACAACAACACCAAGAACAACAAGCCACCAGUCGCACAACGGAUUCCUGCCAACAAAUAGCCCAAAUAUGGGGUCUUAAACUGGCAAAAAUGUCACGUAUGCAACGUAUUAUUGCCGAAAAGGUUAUAAAUGAGGUUAUGUUUAAUGGCGAAUUGGGUUUAUUGAACUUAAAUACUGGUCUAACCCAUAUAGGCUCAAGAAUCGAUACAGACCCUAUCUCUAGUAUAGACGCCGAGAACGAACAGGAGUUUAUUACUAUAGAAAAUAAAAAUAUUUUUGAUUUGUAGUUUUUAAGAAAAUAUCUAAGAGAUUUUAUAAAUCCAUUUAGUUUUAAGUGUUUAUUUAAGUAUUUUUAAAUAAUAAAAGAACAAAGAAAUUUGCUAAAACUUUUCUAUUCUGAUUUUAUAUGUACCUACAUACAUAUCAAGCAAACAAACCACUGUUCCUGACAAAUGGACAAAAAUGUGUUUAUUUUAACAUUUAAAUGGCAAAAAUUUUAACAAAAACAAUAAUUAAAUGUCGAGGCUCGAAGAUGUAAACAAAUUGGCCAUGUUUAUGGCCACUUCAUCUACUCCGACUGCCUUUAGUUCCUGGCAAAUGGUCUACACACAAGUCAAGGAACUUUUUUCACUAUUUUAGGCUAGUAGGUUUAACUAAAGGCCAAAAUAGUAAUGGAUUUAAGCAGUCUAAUUAAUUUGGACCUAAUUUAUGGUAAAUUUUCUUCUCCGGCGCCAAUUGUUGUGGGCAAACGUAUACCACAAGUACAGCCUUUAAUUAAGGCAACAAAUACUAGGAUGUUUUAACA